AUGGCGGGCGCUCUUACUAGAAGGGAAGCGCUGGCCGCAAAAGUCAGUGAUGCUGCAAUGGCGCGCUUCUACGGCCUAUCAAAUAUCUACAAGCCGGGAGUGCCGCUACGCCCCAUCCUCUCCUUACGUGGUAUCCCAACCUUUGGGCUGUCAAAGUGGCUGUACCAGUAACUUUGUUUCCUUACCAAGGAUUCAGAGUGGACGGUGAAGUCGGCUAAAGAGUUUGUGUCGCGCAUCAAAUGUCUCGAAGUGGAGGCAGAUGAGGUGAUGGUGUCUUUUGACGUGAUCUCAUUGUUCACCUCCAUCCCAUCCACGUUGGCUAUCGACACUAUUGACGGUUUUCUCCGGGAAAAGUAUGAUGAGACCGAUCAACAGCUCAAACGAGUUCACAUAAUCGAGCUCCUAGAACUAUGUCUUAAGGCAUUCUUUACAUUCAACAGCCAGGUUUACGAGCAAAAGAAAGGGACACCGAUGGGCUCGCCUCUAUCUGAAUUAAUUGCCGAAGCGGUUUUGCAGAGGUUUGAGCGGCUGGUCUUCAGCUCGUACCCCCCAAAAUUCUGGGCCAGAUACGCCGACGACACUUUCGUUAUCAUCAAAAGGAGCGAUGUGCAGACUUUCAAGGCACUAUUGAGUUCAGUCUUUCCUGACAUUCAGUUUACUAUGGAAGAAGAGCUCAACAAUCAGUUGGCCUUCCUUGACGUAAAAAUGAGAAUGCUGGAGGACAGGAAGAUAAAAACAACGGUCUACCGCAAGGCAACUAACACCAGGCGAAUCCUCCACUUCAAGAGCAACCACCCCGUUGGUCACAAACGCAGUUGUGUCAGAAUCCUCUUCCAACGCGUUCAAACACACUGCAGCGACGAAAGUGGGAUGAAGGAGGAGAUUAAGUACUUGCACGCCCUAUUUAAAGCCAACGGUUAUCCCAAGUCCUUCAUACGCAAGUGUCUUCAGAAGCCCCACUCUGAGCGGUCGGACGGAGAAAACCCGAAAUUUUGGCUCGCAAUCCCGUAUGUGAAAAACGUGUCAGAGGCGACGGCAAGAAUCCUGAAGCCUUUCGGGAUCGGAGUGACUCACAAGCCAGAGUCAACAAUCACACAGCAAAUAAUGAGGCCCAAAGACCCGCUACCGGUGACAGAACAAUCAGCGGGUAUCUACAGCAUACCAUGCCAAAACUGUGAUGCAAAGUAUGCUGGUGAAAGGGGCUAA